CACAUUCUUCAAACGUUUCACUUCCUGAAAAUCUGGCAUUAACAUUUCUGUCAAAAUAUGAUCUAAAGGAGACAACCAUUGCGGUAAGAGAUGUCUAACAUAAUUCCAAUGGUGUCAUCAUCCCCUCCACCAAUGGAUGAGGGUGGAGGGUUUGAAUGGGAUGAUGAUGAUGAUGAUUUUGGAACAUUCACAUCAGCAAGUGACAACAGUUUUGCUCAGUCAGCAGAAACACCUAGUAAUGAGGACACUAGGUCCCAUGACCAUUUCAACUCGGGACCACACAAAAACGACAUGGGAGGAUUUGCAGACUUUGGGUCAUUCUCAAGUAAGGAAAUGCCAGAUUCAGUGAAUAAAACUGUACCAAAUGAUCAUAGACCAGAAUCAAUUAGCAUUUCUCAAAAAACAUCUGAACAUAAAGAAACUAAUUUUGUUAAUGCAGAAAGUAAUAAUAAUCACACUGUAAAUGGUCCAUUGGUAGAUUCAGGUGUGUACAGUUCAAACGUGUCACCUAUACAAUAUACUGAACAUUCAGGAUCACAAAACAACUUAGAAAGCACUGUUAAUGGUAGUAUUGCAGCUAAAACUGAGUCACUACAUGAAUCAUCAUGUAACUUGGAUAAUUCAGAAAACACUGCAGAUGAAACAGAAAGAUCAUGUGCAGAAACUAACACUGAUACAGGGAGUUCAGUUCCAUGUAAGGAAGGUUCAUCAGCAACUCAGGAAAAUGUCAAUGUAAUUGUCAAUUCAGACUCAAAUGGAGAACAUGAAUUACAAGGCGAUUCUGUUAAGUGCAUUCCACCGAAAGUCAUUCCUGACGAUGACCAUAUGCAUAUAUCAGGUAGUGCAGUGACUGAGGAAGAAAUGAGAGAAGGUGAGAAGGAUAUUAGUGCUAAUGUUGUGAUAUCAAAUUGUGAUGAUUCAUGUAGUCAGGAUUCAGACACAAAGUCAUUUAAUGAUGUAAAUUCCCAUUCAGUCUCAAAUGUUGUUCAUCAGGAAUCUGGUCAUGGUCUUGGUCGAAAUAUAAGUCAGACAGAUCUCACUGCAGAUUCUUGUAAUGCUGGAGUAAGAAAUGAAGGCGAGUUUGAAGCUGAAAAUAGUUCUCACUUUGGAGAUACAAAUUUUGCAAACCAGGUUGAAAACAAUGUUGAAGAUACAAAAAGUUCAGUAAAUAGAACUGAAUGCAAGUGUGAAAAUGACAGUGGUGUAAUUGCUGAUGGUUCUAAUUUAGUGGACCAAGAAAGUAAUAUUCAAGAAGAUUUAAAAUGCAGUGCUGUGAAUUCUGAAGAACAAAAAGAUUCUGUUAAAGAAGAGUCAGUUAGUAGCAUUGAAAUAAGCACUCCCGUUAAAAGUGUAGAAUCAGAAACUAAAAGUGACAAGUCAGAAAAUUUAAACAUAAGUAAUCAGUUCAGCCAAGAGGAGAUCAAAUUUGUUCAUGGCCAGGACGAAAAUGACAAAAACACAGAAAACGCAGCACAUUCAUUUGACCAUGAUUCUGAAAAUGCUAGUGUUGAAGAUGGGAUUAACAACAAUGAAAGUGCAGUAGAAGUCACUUCCAAUGUUGCCAGUGAUAUUGUUGCAGUUUUAGAGUCCGAAAACCAUGAUGAAAAUAGGACUUACCAAAAGGAAAAUGAUAACAUGUGUAUUUUGGAAGAUAAUUCAAAACCUGAAGAUAAUGUUAAACAAUUAGAUAAUGUUGAAGAGGACAUGGAACCCUCUGAGGCCCAUUUAAAAGGAGAUAAUAUGCCUGUCAGUGAUAAUUGUAAUGAGAGUUUGGAUGACAAUGAUGGUUUUAGUGAUUUCAGUGAAUCAGUCAACAAAAGAGUAAAAGAUGGAUCUAAUUCUGAAAGUACUGAAAACAGUAAUGAUGGCUUUGGUGAUUUCAGUACAACACCAGUUCAUACAGAAGAAGAAUUUAACUCAAGUUCUGAUAAGAAACAAGACGUAAAUAGCUCAUUUAAUGAUGGAGAUGAUGAAGAUGAUUUUGGAGACUUUAAUGCAAGUUUUGAUGUCAAGCCAGAUUCCAGUAUCUCUGCAGUGGCUGAUGACAAGGAUGACUUUGGAGAUUUUAAUGCAAGUUUUACUGAAAAGGAAGAUGACAAAGAACUUCCAUCAGGUGAUGGCUUUGGUGAUUUCAGUGCAACUUUUGAUAGUGUACCCACUGCUAGUGAACAGACCAGUGAUUGGGCAGCAUUUUCCGAGCCCCAGACAGUGAUCAAGGAUGACAUUGAUGAUGCUGAUGAUUGGGCAGGCUUUGAAGAUGAGGAAUCUAGUGCCCCGCCUCAGUUUGAAACAGUCACUUCUACCAGCAAGAUGGAGGAGAUUGAGAAAGCUUCUCCAGACCUAGGGAAUAUGACAAAACAUGAGAAACUAUUGUAUGCAGUGACCAGAUGUUUCCCAGCUUUUGUCUCUGACUUGGAAGUGUGUGAUCUCAACCUGGCCGAAUUGAAUGAUUUGCAGAUGGAUAGUUAUUCUCGAGUGUGGGGUGAGGUAAAGGGACAACAGACAACAGAGGCUCUAUCAUAUCAGUGGACCAAGUCUUUGUGGAAUACUCAACUGUUUACCACACUGCAUAUUGACACCAAAAAUAUUCUGAUAGGACACAAGAAGGCCCCGGUGCCAGUGUUUGCAGCCGGUCUCACCUUGCUAGAACCUACUAAAGGACAAGCACUUCUCAAACCUGAUGUCCUGGUCGACACAUCGAAAUCUGACCCAUCUCUCACGUCACAUUCUCAGAUACCAGCCACCACUGUUCCGAUGCCAAACAAAAAUGAAUCAAUACCAGCCGCCCAGUUUGAUUGGAGCAGCAGCGGACUAACAAACCCUUUAGAAGCAAACAAUAAAACUUUGAAUUUGGAUUUUCUAAUUCAGGACCAAGCCACAAAAAGUAAUGCAUUAGAGUCAGAAUUUUUAUCAACCAAUGAGUCUCCAGUUCACAAACCAGCCAUUCAACCACUAGAAAACAUAUUAGCCAAUCUGAAGACUAGCUCCACAUUCAAACCGACCAAUCAGAAUGAAGAUAUUAGCAAGGAAGCAACCAAAGUUCUCCUAUCACUGCCAGACUUGGUGUUCAUGAAGUCUAAAGUGCUAAUGUUUCCAGUAAAAAUGGGUGGAUCUGAAAACUGACAGAGAUGCGUUGUGGAAUUAUUAUUUAUUAUGAAUUUGUUAAAGUAGAAAAAACUCAUUUUUUAAAGCAGCAGACUGAUGUGUAUUAAAUCUACAUGUAAAAUUUAAAUUGUAAAAUUUUUAUAUCUGUUUUGUGCAUUUUGUAAAGAGUAUGUUGUUCUGUUCAUGUAGAACAAUUUUAUUUUGAUUAAUUUGAAAUUAACAGUAUUACAUAAACAACUAAAAUGUUUGAAAACUGAUCAUUUAUUAGUACCAUAGUAAUUUUAAAUUUUAAGACAUUUCUUUUCAAUUAAGAAAUAAUAUAUCUCAUCCAGUGAUUUGUCGUUGAAUAAAUCAUUGUUUGGAGUUCAGAUGCGAAGGAAUUAUAUCACGAGGGCGGAGCCCGAGUGAUAUAAUAAUAUGCAUCUUAACGACAAACAAUGAUUUAUUCAAGAGCAAAUCACUAAAUGAGAUAUAUUAUUUCGAUUCUGACACAUUACCAAGGAUUUUUAAGUAUAUCCUUGACGCCAUUCAUUAAAUAUUUGCCCGUUUUCAAUCGGUUUCUUUUCCAGCGCGCUGCUAUGCCGUUUAAUGCCAUGACAUAAUAAUUGUGACGUCAGAACAGUGAUUUGUUGUAUAAUAAUUCUCUGUUUUCUGCCUUCUUUGUUUAAUAGGAAAAUUAAUUGGAUCGUGUUAGAAUGAAUUUUUGUAGAUGCUUUUUAGUGAGUUAUUGAAAUACAAUCUUUAGAAUGAAAUAUUUCAAAUAAUUUCCCAGUGAAAAAUAUAAAAUAUUAAAAAAUUGGUUAAAAGCAUUGAAAAACAUGAAAUGGAAUGAAAGUUUUAUAUAUGUAAGAUCAUAUGUCUUUUCUCUCAGGAGCAACAGAUCUUACAUUUUCACUUGUUACAUAGCUACUGGUUAGUGCUAAAGGCAGUACUGAUGUUAUUGGGUACCUAUGUUAAACCUAAUCCUAACCUUUAGUCAGUGUAAUAUGUGCGUACAUCCAAUAGAGGUGAUUUAAUGUUGGCGUACUGCCUUUAGCUUGCUCAUAAUAAUAUUACAUCUGAUGUUCACACUAUGAAGAUAUUUUAAUCUUAUACUGAAACAAAUGUUUGCUAUACCCGUCACACAAGCAAAAAUACUUUACUCUUUGCUUGUGAAGGAGGAAUGUUACCUACUGAAUGAUCUGUUUAAUUGAUUUUUGUCUCCUGUUAUACAUUAUCAAUAAAGAGAUCAAAGGGCUAUGUUUCUGACCAAAAGGUGAAAUACAUACUUAUAUUAAAACAAAUAAAAUCAUUUUAGAAACAAGUUUCAAACUCGUACAGAAAAAUAAUUUAUUGUUCACCAGGCUGUUAUGUAAAUGUUAGAUUGUUUCAUUAUAUUAUAUCUAGGUUUUUGUUGGAACGUUCUUGCUCUGUACUAUGAUAUUUUGUAUUUGGACCAAGUGUUGUUCUAAAGUUUCCACUUCUACAUUGCACUUGUUAAAUUUACACUUUGUGUCUGCCUGUUCACAUAGUUGCUUGGUCUGAUAAUAAUGUUUCAUUUGAUGAAGUUAUCCUAUUGUAUCCAGUUUUGUGAUGUUUCCUAUGACAGUUGUGCAUCUCUUAUGAUAAUACAGCCAAACCUGUGGCAGAAAACACUGGCACUAUUUCAAAAUAAUUUCACUGACAUUUUCCUUGCAUAAUCUACAAUCUUUUUAAGCAAGCAGGGUAACUCGGGUGAGCGAUCAAGGGCCUUUUUAUCAAAUAAAUGUCAGUUUAAUCGCAAAAUGUAUAAUUCCUAUAUUUCGAAGGUUUUUGCAUGAAGAUGUUGCUUUUCUCCUUGCUAAGAUAUCCUGAAAGUUUUGUAACAAUCCAUUCUCAAAUAAAGUCAAAUUUUAACUGUAAAAAGAUGGUGUCAAAAAUGCAAAUACCACUAUUAAAAUCAUUUUUAGACAAUAGAUUUAAAACUAAUCAAAAUAUUUUGAAAAUUAAAAAUGUUUUUGUUACCACUCUCAGUUCUUUAGAAUGAUAUAUAAUGUCAAUGGUGUAGUUCAAUAGACGAAGAGAAUAUGCCAGUUUAACAUGUUGGGCAAUCACUAUCACUUGAUAGGUUCACCAAAAUGUGCCAGACUUUUUUAAUGGGCUAUUCGGCAUGUCCUACAGAUAUACCGAAUUGAUGCACCUGCAACUUUCCUGAAUGAAACAAUUUCAAAUUGGUACACUAGACCAACUCUGGAUAGACACUUGUGCCCAUUCUUUGUUAUGGAAAAGACAGAUCAGACAGUAAUUUGUGAUUUUUGAAAGAGCAAGCCUUGUGUGAUAGAUAAAAAAACAGACACAACAGAAAAAGUUGGAUUAUUCUGGCAUUAUAAUUCAUCAGAGAUGUCGGCAUUGUAACUACUUAAGCCUUAGUAACUAUUGGAAUAUUUGCUUGCCAUUAUUUCUUGUCCGAAGUUCAUAAAAUGUUUUCAUAUUGUGUAUAUUCCAUAUAAGUGUGUAUAGAAAGUAAAAUGCACUUUCAUUUUACUUUGCUGUCAAGAAAUUGCUGAUAAUUGAGAAAUUUCUUGUUCUUGUUUAUAUGUUGGACCAUACCCAUUCUUGUAAUUUGUAUAAAUAAUGUUAUAUUGUAUAUAUAGAUAUUUAUGACCUUCAAUAGUGUAUAUUUUGUAAAUAAUGUUAAAUCUCUAGUCAGAUCUCUUAUAGAAUAUCAGUGUUGUGACUUUAUAUGGCAUUGUUCACCUAUUUUAUUUAAAAUUUAAACAAUUUGCUUAAUAUUUCUGUGUAAAUGGUCAGUGAACAGUUUGUUGAUUUGUUAGACACCCAAUAAACCACAGAUUUCAAAAUUUUAGAUUGCAAAUAUAGUUUACACCUGUAGGUUGGACAGUAAAAAGUAGGAGAACUACAGAGAUAAAUUGUCCAUACAUAUGAAUGGAUGAUAGAGAUACAGUAGGAAUAAAUAUCACAUAGCUGUCCUGGUUAUAUGACACACAGAUUUAAUAUAAAAUUGUUCCAUUGAAAGUCAUUUUGAUUUGCUAUAAUGUAAAGGAACUUUUCUGCAGAUUGGCACUCCUGUAAACAUAGACGCCUGUAAAGUUAUGACUGAGUAUGCCAACUUGUGUCAAACUUGGCACAUAUCUCUUUAAAUCAUACUGAAAAUGUUUUGAAGGUCAUUGGAAUUGCUGUCAUUUCUGUCCUGAAAUGUCAUAGUGUAUAGACCAUUGUAACAAUUUUUCAUGUACCACAUAAUGAUUAUUUUUUUGCAAGCCUAUAAAAAUUCAUAAGUAUGUUGGAAUAAAUCAUCUUUAUUUGCUUUAAGGACCUUGACCAGAUGUGUUUGUCUUGGCCAUUGUCAUAAUUUAGAAAUUCAUUAUUUGGUCAUUUGAUAAAGAGCUUGCAAUUUCAUACUUAUACAGGUAUGGGGUAUUUAUAGAAUAAUACAUAAGUAUGGAAAUCUAACUACAUGUAUACUUCAAGUCAUUUGAAUAUCCCUAACUUUAAUUUGUGUCUAAUGUAUCAAAAAGUUCUGCUAUUUGGAUAGAAUUUAGCUGUACAAAUUUUCAAAUAUGUACAGCGAAAUUCUGCCCAAAUAGCAAAACAUAUGUAUUAAUUCUGUUUAAAACUGUAUGUAUUUAUUUAUGUGAAGUGAGACAUUGAUAACAGUUAAAAAAAAUUUUAGCAAGAAGUUAUUUCUAUGUAUAGAUAUUUUCUGCUUUUACAAUAGUCUCUAUUGUUUCAGUUUAGAUUGGUGUUAUUUGCUUUUAUCUUGCAUCAUUUUUCAUCACUCUCUGAAUAUUUGUUCAAUAUUAUUGCAUUGUUUAACUACUAAUGCUUCAGAUAAAAAGGAAAAUGAUGAUUUGUACAAAUUUAUAUUUUAAUUGGAAAUUUCAACAUUCCAUUAUUCAAGAUCUGUGUUAAUUCUGUGUUAAUUUUGUUAAUAUUUGAUUGUUAACAUGCCGUUAUUUAUUGUUUUCAUCUUUUGCUGUAUUUUCAGUUUUAUAAGAAAUGUAAUACUUGAGUUCUCACUUUAAAAAUAGUAGUCCAGAUCAUUGUGAUGAAAAUUUUGCAGAGGUAAAGAGUCAAUAAUAGGUACUAGAGUAUGUGUUUUAGUUUUAACACAUCAAGUUAAGAUUUAGAAUAUGUGCAAUAUGUUAAGACAGAGGAAUUGUAUGUUAGCUGAGUCAACAAAUUGAUUUUAAAAUUAGAACAUGGGAUACAUAAAGGUCUUACACAACCUAUAUAAUUUUGCUAAAUGUUUUUCUUGACCUAAUAGUUCAAAAUCAGGUUCUAGCAAUUUCUUAUCUUCUGAUUUCUAGUUCCUAGUUAAGGACUGGACUUACACAUUUUUGUAUAACAUUGAUUUAAUGAGUCAAUUUGUUAUUGUAGUCAUCUGUCUCACAGAGGAGCAUUUUUAUAAGUAAAUUCUUUUAUGACAAAACCUUGUUGUGACCAAAACUUUUAUGUAGAAGAUAAAAUUUUAUAAACAUACAGAUAUUUUUAUCAUCGGUGGUAUACACGGGGCACAAUAAAGAACCAGACUGUAUAUAUGCAAAGAGCUAGGCUAAGUUAGCCGGACAGGCCUAAAAGGAUUUCUCUCUAUCCAUUCUGGGGGCUUUAUCUUACUCUUUCCCUCUGGUCAGGUCGCUCUGUUUCUGUACUAAUAGAGGAUGAAUUUCGCUCCCUGUGUGGCUGCGUUUGUGCUAUGUAAAGCGCCUUUGAACAUGUUUAUCAUGAAAAAGAUGUUAUAUAAAUCUGGUAUAAUAAUAAUAUAAUAAUAAUAAUAAUCUGUUAAACAAAUAUUUGCGGGCCUCUGUUGCUGAGUGAUUAAGAAGGCUGACUUUGAAUCACUUGCUGAUGUCAGUUCGAGCCUUACUCGUGGCGCUGAAUUCUUAAUGCGAGGAAGCCUUCCAGCCGGCUUACGAAAGUUAGAUUGUUUUACUCAGGUGCCCGCCCGUGAUGAAAUAAUGCAUGGAGGUGUACAUUAGGUCUUCCUCCACCAUCAAAGCUGGAAAGUCGUCAUAUGACCUGUAAUUGUGACGGAAUAAUGUUAUACAAAUACUUGACUAUAAAGCACAUAAUAUUGGGGUAAAGUUUAGCAGUACGAGUCCUUGACAGUACAAUGUAUGUUUUAUAUGGACACAAAAUUGAACUGUUACAUGGCAUUUCAUUUCUUAACCAUAUCUUAAAUUACCUUUGUUCUUGGCACAUGUAUUUAUCUAAGAUCAUGAAAUAAACAUUUGUCACUGUG